AUGCCUCAAGCAGUGCACAAGGUUCCUGAUAUUAAUUGCAAUGUUAUUGAUCCUCUUCCUAUUCUUCACAAGUACUCUCAGCCUGGAGAUAUGACCAUUGCCAGCAUUAUUUCUCAAGUCUAUACUUUUUCCAGUCCAAUUCUUUUUGAUCGUCACCCUUCCAGUGAACUUCAGGAUGAAGUGAUGGUUGUAUUUCAGAGUUACCAAUACGUUCUGGCUCUGGUUUUUGCUGUGAAGCAGAUCAGUGAAAAUCUCCAGAUCUUGGCCAAUGUCACUCUUGGAUUCAACAUCUAUAAUAGUAAUUUUAGUCCAAGCUGGACCUUCCUUGCUUCAAUGAGACUUCUUUCCAUGCAAAGCACAUUCAUCCCAAACUACAAGUGUGAUUUGGGAAACAUUCCUAUUGCAGUAAUUGGAGGACCUGACAUCUGUCUCUACAUGUUGAACAUUCUGUCGAUCUACAAAAUUCCACAGCUCACAUAUGGCUCUGCUCCAGUAAUGAAUAAAGAAACCCAAGAUGUAUUUUUACAGCAGAUGUUCCCCAAUGAGGCCUUACAACACCAAGGAAUCCUUCUGUUGCUAUUAUAUUUCAGGUGGACAUGGAUUGGGCUUCUUUCCGUGAAAGACGAAGCAGGAGAAAAGUUUGUACAGGAUGUAGUCCCCAAGUUUUCUCAGCAUGGAGUCUGCUUUGAUUUUAUGGAAUGGUUCCCAAACGUAGCUUUUUACAGUGAUUUUAUGGAAGUGAUGGAUAAAGGACUUGAAUUAUAUGAAGUUCUCAUGAAAAGCACGACCAAUGUGAUAAUUGUUUUUGGUGAACUUCGGACCAUGUUAAUUUUAAGAACACUUCUCCGUUUUUCAGAAGUAGAAGAUUUAGGACUGAGAGAAAAAAUCUGGGUUAUGCCAGCACAAAUGGAUUUUGCAUCAGUAUCCUUUAACAGAAACUGGGAUAUAUGUUUCAUCCAUGGUGCUUUAUCUCUCUCCUCUCAUUCAAAGGAAGUGUUUGGAUUCCAGGAAUUUCUUCAGAGCAGAAAUCCAACAAAAGAACCACAUGAUGGCUUUAUCAGAGACUUUUGGGAGCAGCUGUUUGAUUGCUCAUUUUCCAAUGCUAAAAAAAGAAUUAAAAGGCCUGAGAACAUCUGUACUGGAAAAGAGAAAUUGGAGACUCUCCCUACUUCUGCUUUUGAACUUAACAUGAGUGGCCAUAGUUACAAUGUGUACAAUGCUGUCUAUGUCAUGGCACAUGCUCUGCAAUCAAUGCAUUCUUCUAAAUACAAGCAAAGAAAUUGGGUGAAUGUGGAGAAGCAGAAAUUUCAGGAUCUACAAUCAUGGCAGGCACACCCCAUUUCUUUGUGUAAUGAUCAUUGCCAACGAGGCUAUAGGAAGACCAAGAAAGAAGGGAAACCAUUUUGUUGUUAUGAUUGCCUUCCAUGUCCAGAAGGGAAGAUUUCAGCUAAAAAGGAUACAGCUGACUGUUCUCCAUGUCUGGAAGAUCAAUACCCAAAUCACAACAAAAAUUCCUGCAUUCCAAAAGUCAUAACUUUCUUAUCAUAUGAAGACACUCUGGGAAUAAGUUUGACUGUUUGUGCUCUUUCUUUUGCUUUCAUCACAUCUUAUGUGCUCAGGAUCUUCAUUCAAUACAGGGACACUCCCAUUGUCAAAGCCAACAACAGGAACCUCACCUACAUUAUCCUCAUCUCCCUUCUACUCUCUUUCCUUUGUGUCUUGUUAUUUAUUGGGAGACCAAAUAAAUUUGUGUGUCUUCUUCGACAACCAGCUUUUGGCAUUAUCUUCUCAGUGGCAGUUUCCUGUUUGUUGGCCAAAACCAUAGUGGUUGUCCUAGCAUUCAUGGCUAGCAAGCCUGGGUCCAAAAUGAGGAGAUGGGUGGGGAAAAGAAUGGUGAACUCCAUUGUACUUUCCUGCUCUCUUGUUCAAGUCAUCAUUUGUGCAUCAUGGCUGAUGACAUUUCCACCACACCCAGAUUCUGAUAAGCAUUCAGUGUCUCAAGAAAUUGUACUAGAAUGCAAUGAAGGAUCGGUGACCAUGUUUUACUGUGUCUUGGCCUUUAUGGGCUUCUUGGCCAUUGUCAGCUUCUCUGCAGCUUUUCUAGCUAGGAAAUUACCUGACAGUUUCAAUGAAGCCAAAUUCAUCACCUUCAGCAUGUUUGUCUUCUGCAGUGUUUGGUUGUCCUUUGUUCCAAGCUACCUGAGUACCAAAGGAAAAUAUAUGGUGGCUGUGGAGAUCUUCUCCAUCUUAUCUUCCAGUGCUGGUUUACUGGGUUGUAUCUUUGCCCCCAAGUGUUUUAUCAUCCUGUUCAGACCUGAACUGAACAGCAAGCAUUUGCUCAUGAAGAAAUAA